UCCAACUAAAUGAAGGAACAGAAGAAGAAGUGAAAAAAUUGUUACAACAGGCUGAUGGAUGGAUUAAAAUGGUGGGAGAAGGGGAUGGGAAGGCAGUUGGUAAGUUACAAGAUGGAAAUGAGUUUGAAGAGUUUAAUGUUGACAUGUUGAGUGAAAUGGGAGAAGUAUUGGUGAUAAGGGGUGAGUACAAGCGUGCCAAUAGGAUACUGCAAGAAGCAGCAACAAUGCAAAGACACUUUUUACCAACCAACCAUUGGGAGACUGCUAUAACUCUUUGUCGUAUGGCAGAGUGUCAAAUGAAACAGGACAAGCAAAUGAAUGCUUUGGCAUUGUUCCACGAGUCAUCAGAAAUGAUGAGCAAAGCAAUAGGUGUGGAACACCCAAUAAGAGGAAGAAGUUUAUUUGGUGCUGCUAAAGUUCUUGUAAGACAACAGAAGUGGGAAGAAGCAGAAAGGAUCUUGAAGGAAAGUGUCAACAUUUUGGGUGUGACUUUAGGGUACCUGCACCCCACUACAAGUGCAGCAAUUCGAGAUCUGAACUAUUGCUUACGAAUGCUAAAGAAAGAUCAAGAAGCAGUCGACAUUUUACAACAACAUCAACGAGUUGUUUCUUAUCAUCAAGUCGAGCAUCAGGCAAGUGCAUUUCAAGUUGAUGAUUUACAAAGAGAGUUGGAGCAGCUCAGAGAAAGUAAUCGAGCCAUUCAAGCAGAGAAAUCUGCUUUACAGCAGCAAAUCACAAGAAUGAAAAGUGAGUUAGAUGACAAGGAGAGGCAGCUGCAACAACAAGGAGAAGAAAUAAAUGAUUUGAGAAGCACAAUAGAAGAGAGAAGGCAAAUUGACUUUAUGAGGCACGAGAUGCAAGAGAAGCAAAUCACUGAUGAACGUCUGGCAAGAAACUUGCAGCAAAGUGAAAGAGCAUGUGAGGUGGCGCUGCAACCUUUUCAUCAAUAUGACAGUGGUAUACAUAUUCGUGAUGACAGUUUACACAUGACUGGAUCUUAUGGAGAACAAGCAGUUCUCUUGGCUCAAAGUGAGGAUGUAAAGAAGAGAGAUGACAGACAAAGUUAUGAAGUCACACAGCAGAUUGAGAAAGAAGCAGCACGAAAAGAAGAAGCAAACUACAGAAAUGAUGCUGCCAACAUCAUACAACUGCACUCCAAG